GUCAAUCGGUCCUCCGCCACGCCACCAACAGCAGCAGACCGAGGCCUUUUUCUCGAUCCCACUUCCGCAUCCCGACCGACCACCCAUCCACCUACCCGGUACCUGCGCGACAGGAAGAAGCACAAGUCGCAGUGUUCAAGCGGCUCGCUCAAUUGGCAUCCCCAGAACCUCGAAUUGAUUGCAUCCCUCCUGCUCUCGAGCCACAGCCACAAUGGCAGCUCUCCGCUCCUCGUGCGCCGCCCGCCUCUUCGGCUCGGCGACAUCGCGCCCGGCUUUUCGCCUCGCCGCCGCCGCCCCCGUCCGCGGCUUCGCGCAGCUGGCCGACGCCGCGCAGGAGAGCCAGACUGCGUCGGGCGACCAGAAGGCGCGCAUCAAGACGUUCCAGGUCUACCGCUGGAACCCCGACACGCCCACCGAGAAACCCACCAUGCAGAGCUACUCCCUCGACCUCAACAAGACGGGCCCCAUGGUCCUCGACGCCUUGAUACGCAUCAAGAACGAGCUCGACCCCACCCUCACCUUCCGCCGCAGCUGCAGAGAGGGCAUCUGCGGGAGCUGCGCCAUGAACAUCAACGGAACCAACACCCUAGCCUGCCUUUGCCGCAUUCCCACCGAGGUCAAUGCCGAGAUGAAGAUCUACCCGCUCCCGCACACGUACGUGGUCAAGGACCUGGUACCCGACCUCACGCAGUUCUACAAGCAGUACAAGUCGAUCAAGCCGUACCUGCAGCGAGACACACCGUCUCCCGACGGCAAGGAGUAUAGACAGAGCAAGGCGGACCGGAGGAAGCUGGACGGGCUCUACGAGUGCAUCCUGUGCGCGUGCUGCUCGACGUCGUGCCCGUCGUACUGGUGGAAUUCGGAGGAGUACCUGGGCCCGGCCAUGCUGCUGCAGUCGUACCGUUGGCUGGCCGACUCGCGCGACGAGCGCACCGCCGAGCGCAAGGACGCCCUCAACAACUCCAUGAGCCUGUACCGCUGCCACACCAUCCUCAACUGCACCCGCACGUGCCCCAAGGGCCUCAACCCCGGCCUGGCCAUUGCCCAGAUCAAGAAGGAGAUGGCGUUUUGAGAAGACGAGAGGGAAAGAAGAUUGCAAACGGGGAUGCUUUAAUGGUUGGGUUAAGGGUAAAAAACAGAAGUACCAAAUAGGGAGAAAUGGUGUGGUGGUGGGAGAGAGAAGAAGAUUGCGGUGGGCACCGCUGAAACACAUACGCAGACAUUGCUGCGGACUUUUAUAGAUGUUGUAAACUUGUACCUCGGUUUCUCCUGCAUAGUUAGAGUUUACUUUGUCACAGUACGUACCAGCACAUAGGAAAUGACUUUUUUUUGAGAGA